AUGGCCUCCAUCAUGAAUGCCGGCGGGCUUCCCUCAGAUCAACCAGGCUAUUCAUUCUCAAACGCCUCCGCGCCUUCUGAGAGCUCGGGACCGAGACAACACGCCUUUAACCCCUACACAGACAACGGUGGCUCGACGUUGGGGGUAACCGGCGCCGACUUUGCCAUCCUCGCUGGCGACACACGGUCGACAUCUGGCUACAAUAUCAACACCCGAUAUGCCCCCAAGCUCUUCCGUAUUGGCGAUGAUGGCGACUCAUCUUCCCGCAUUGUCCUUUCAGUCGUCGGGUUCGCAGCAGAUGGCAACGCCCUGAAGGAACGGCUGGAUGCCAUUGUCAAGAUGUACAAAUACCAACACGGAAAGCCGAUGAGCGUCAAGGCAUGCGCACAACGAUUAUCAACGAUCCUCUACCAGAAGCGGUUCUUUCCCUACUAUGUCCACGCCAUCCUUGGCGGCUUGGAUGAUGACGGAAAGGGAGCGUUGUACAGCUAUGAUCCUGUGGGCAGUUACGAGCGGGAACAAUGUCGCGCAGCUGGAGCGGCGGCCAGUUUGAUCAUGCCUUUCUUGGACAAUCAAGUCAACUACAAGAACCAGUACAUUCCAGCCUCGGGGACUGGGCAUGAGCUGCAGCCCAGAGCAAUCGAGAGUCUGCCCAAGGAAGAUGUCAUUGGACUCGUCAAAGAUGCCUUCACCAGUGCGACGGAAAGACACAUUGAGGUGGGCGAUGGGUUGCAGAUGUUGAUCAUCACGAAGGACGGCAUCGAGGAAAUUUACACACCCCUGAAAAGAGAUUAG